AUGUUUGAGUGUGCCGGCUGCCUUCACUUGGCUCAAGGCUACGAGACUGUCGAUGAAGUCCGUACAGCAAAGUCUGUCACGUUUACGAACAGCGGCCCCAAGAUUCACGACAAGGAGAGGAAAUGGGCACAAGAGAUGGUUGAUUUGGUUGGGAGUCUUGCUGGGAAACGGAAUGCCACACUUGGUCUGGAGCGCAUGAAUGCAAACGUUGUCAUCACCCUCGAGGAACUCGGCCUCAACAUUGUGGAUGCUCAAUAUGUCAUAGAAAUUUCAAGGACUAUCAAAUCGCCCGAUGAGGUCAAAUGCAUUGUCCCAUCUCUUCGCGCAACAGAGGCCGCCGUGGGCGAACUCCGCGAUGCAGUCUCGCCAGGUCUUACAGAGAACCAACUCUGGUCAGUCAUGCACAAAUCUGUGAUCGAGCAGAAUGAAGACUAUAUCAAAACUCGGCUCCUCAGUGCUGGGCCACGAACAAACCCUUGGUUCCGGGGGUCAGCGGGUUAUGUCAUCCAGAAGAACGACCUUGCGGUUCUAGACACAGACGUAGUUAAUCACAACAUGAGUAUCCUCAGACCGGGCUUGACCUUUCGCGAGUAUGCAGAUUGCGCGUGGGAUAUUCCUGUGCAGUGUUGGGCCAACCGGUAUUUUGUCUCGGCGCAUGGCUGUGGUCUUACGGGGGAGUGUCCGUAUUUGUAUGAUCGAGGUGACUUCUCAGAUGCUGGCUAUGAUGGCGUUAUCGAGCCGGGCAUGGUAUUUUGCGUUGAGAGCUAUAUUGGCGAGGAGGGUGGUACAUUGGGUGUCAAGCUGGAGCAGCAAGUCCUAAUCACUGGGACAGCGGUUCAUAUCUUGGCAAAGUUUCUCUUUGAGGAUUCUAUGCUUCAGUGA